AGAAAAAAUUCAGAUUUCAUUCGAAUUUCAACCUUCUAGCAGAAAACUUCUGGUUACAAAAAAAUUCAAAUAAACACAAAAAUUUGUUGAGAAAUUAAAAUUUUUAAAUAAAUUUUUGGUUAAUUUUAAUAGUCAAAAUGGAUUAUGGUAACAAUGGAACGGAAUUCAACUGGAGCUAUAUGGGAGGCCAAGGCGGUGGACAUGGAGGACAAGCUGGCCAGUCAAUGUCCGUCUAUCCACAGAUGGGUCAGAUGAAUCCGGGUGACUAUGCUAAUACUAUUAAUGGUGGUGGACGUCAGUGGUUGCACUCAAAUCAAGCUAACAACUUCCAACCGGCCAUGUCUCCGAGUACCUCACAGUCUGCUCCAUAUGAGGCAUACAAUCAGUCAAUGAUGCGCUACGCAAAUCCACACAAAACUGGAGGAGAGGGAAUGGGUAUGGGCCAGAUGGGUAUGAGCCAAAUGGGCGGCAAUUAUGGAGGCUAUGGCGGAGGCAUGUCUCGCAAUGGACUGGCCGGUGGCAUGGGACGUGGUGCCCAAAAUGGAAAUAGCAAUUGGUGAACGUUGACCAGCCACUUUAUUCAAAGCACAAAGUUUCUCGGACAGUAAAAAUCAAAUCUCAUGUUAGCCAAGUUAAAUGAAAAGUACACCGAUAAUAAUAAAUGUACAAAUCCAAGUAAAGUUCAAA